CCUUGCUCACAAUCCUUAAAACACAAACCAAAUCAACGGCCCAGAUCUCCUCCUCUGUUUCUGGCUCUCUGUUUAUCUUCCCAACAAUCUCCCCACCCCUCCACCCCCCUCUCUCUUCUCCUGAAAGCUGAAACCCAAUUCCCUAAUAUCCAGGUUUACAGCCUAAGCAAGAAAUACACAUACAUAUAUAGAUAUAUAGAGAGAGCGAGAGAAAGAGGUGAAGUGCGUGUGAAGAAGGAAAGAAGAUGUUAGGAAAGAGGGCACGUCAACCGAUGAAGAGGACUACAAGCAUGACGGAGUUCACCUUGGACGUCAACGCCGCUGCUGCUGAAGGUGUCUUUCACCCCUCGGAUCCUCACAACCCUUUUAACGCCGGCGGCGUCGCUGGAGUAGAUCAACGGUACGCUGCCUCCUCUGCCGCCGCCGCCAACUCCACCAGGCCCCAGCGCCGCAACUCGGCGGACUUCAUCGGGACUGCUAUUUUCUUGAGGGUUUGUUCCCUCUGCAAACGCCGCCUCGUCCCUGGUCGUGACAUCUACAUGUACAGAGGUGAUAGUGCUUUCUGCAGUCUAGAGUGUAGAGAACAGCAGAUGACGCAAGACGAGAGAAAAGAGAAGUGUUCAUGGGCAACCAAGAAGGAUGGUGCCAGCGCCGCCGCUGGAUCCCAAGUCUCCGCCACCGGAGGAACCGUCGCCGCCGUGUAGAUUAGCUAUCAAACCACCUGUUAUAUAUAUAUCUACCUGAUAUACAUACAUAUUGGGUAAUGAUGCAUGUAUAUGGGGGCUGUGCUUGUAUUUUUGGGCAAAUUUUGUUAACUGUAGUUUGAUUUGGAGCUACAAUGAAAAUCAAUUCCCCAGAAACAAAAAAUUAAAAAGAAAAUCCAUAUUUUGUA